AUGACUCCUCCCGAAACGCGGUCCAAGCCUGACGGCCAGAUCCAGACAAUCUACGAGCAAGUAUGGGGGUCUGCAUCGCCCACCGCUGAGCUGGCUCAAUCAUCGCUGUUUAAGCCAUAUUCACACUCCUUGAAUCUUGACGAAAAGACUCGAAUCACCUAUGCCAGAGCCAGGGCAAUAUGUGAAGCGUUCAACUUGACGGUCGAAGAUGUCUCGUAUCUCACUCCCGCGUUCUGGAAGAUCCAUACGGACCCCAUUGCCGCCGUCGAUGGGGGAGCAUUUACGCUGGUCAGCAUUCAGUAUAACCUGUUUGUGGGAACCGUAGCGCCUUUUGCAGCUACUCGUCCGGAGCUUCACUCCAUUCUCCAGCGUGCGAUGAAGUUCGAGAUUUCUGCGCAGUUUAUGCUCACCGAAGUGGGCCAUGGCCUGGAUGCGCGUAACCUGGAGACGACAGCAACCCUGUUACCAAAUGGCGGCUUCGAGCUACACAGCCCUACCCCGGGCGCGGCAAAAUGCAUGCCGCCCACCACACCCCGAAGCGGCCUUCCUACCGUUGCGGUCGUGAUUGCUCGGCUGAUUGUGGAUGGCGAGAACCGUGGGGUUCGCCCGUUCCUCGUUCCGCUGAGCGAUGGGCGCGAGAUGUGCAAAGGCGUAACUGCAAAAGCUCUACCUCCCCGCACCGGCGCCCAUCCCAUCGACCAUGCCCUCACCCUCUUCGACCGAGUUCGCCUCCCGAGCUCCGCGCUGCUGGGAAGUCUCGAUAAACCAGCAGACGAAAGACAGCAGUUCCUCGGCACGAUUCAGCGGGUCGCGGUGGGAACCCUGUUCCUCUCCGCCACCGCCAUUCCCUCACUCAAAGUCGCCAUUUACAAUGCAAGCCGGUUCAGUGUCCGCCGGACAGUUCAGGGUCAGGACGGGAAACCGAUGCCCGUCAUUCAAUUCCGAACCCAGCAUCUCCCUAUACUGCAUGCUAUUGCACAUGUCCACGUUCUUCAGGCUUUCUUAGUCAAGGCUGGCACAUUGUUUCGAAAUGUCACGAUGGAUCCUCGUGUUCGACACGCGGUUGCUACUGCCUUCAAGGCUGCUGCCAUACAGCAUUUCCAAAAGAGUAUCAGGGCGAUGAAUGACGGCUGUGGGUGGCAUGGGUAUUUUGAACAUAACCAGCUUCUCCAACUUGAGUUAGAGUUCCGCGCCGUGUCGACAGCAGAGGGUGACAUUCGUGUCCUUGCCAUCCGCCUUGCAAGUGAGUUGCUGCUAGGACGUUACCAGGUGCCACCGCCCAAAGACCCAAACAACCUCCUCGCCCGACACGAAGCUGCCUUGUUCGCUGAAGGCCAGGAUUACCUUCAGCAGAUGGGCGGAAGUCAUCGAAGCGAACAAUUCAACCGUAACAUCCUACCCAUCUCUCUACCCCUUGUCCAGGCUGUCGGCCACCGAAUGGCGUAUGAAGCUGCGCUCGAGACAGGAAUUGACUCCAAGCUACUCUCCCUCUACGAGAGUGGUGUUAUGCUGGAAGACUCUGCAUGGUACGCUGAGCAGGGCAAUAUUAACAGGGCAGCCCAGAGAGAGCUCGAAGCCACAGCGGCAGACGCAUUGCUUCCAGAAAUACAGUCGCUCAUUCGUGCAAUGGGCGUCGAAAAGUACAGCAGCGCACCCAUGUCCUCUAAGGAGCAAUGGAGUGACUUUGUCUCCCAGCUAGACUUCUUUGGUGGGGAGGCGUCUCUCGAUAUGAUUGAUCCUGUUUGCUCGUAA